GGAAAGGCUACGCGCAUGCGCAGAGCGGUUCGGCACAUCUGUCACAUCUUUUGUUGGUACAUAAACAAGGAGCUCGGCCAAAUAUCACGGAAAUACGCAGCGGUUUCCCCUCACCAUGACAUCACGCGUUGGUCCCAGAGCUGCCGGUAUCAAUGGAAGUGACUUCAAACCAAGAGAGAGGGUGGCCGUCCCACAAUACCAAAUGUGUUCUGCCCUGAAGUCAGAGGUGCGUAAGUUAAACCUGGUCCACCUUCUCCUCUGGCUGCUGGUGGCGGCACAGGUGGCUGUCAGCCACUUCGACCUGGUGUCACACGAUACAGUGUCCAUGCCGUACCAGUGGGAGUACCCCUACCUGCUCAGCCUCCUCCCUCUGCUCUGCAGCAGCCUGUCACUGCCAAAUAACAAUAUCAGUUAUCUGGUCUUAUCCAUGAUCAGCGCGGGGCUGUUCUCUGUAGCACCUCUCAUUUAUGGUGGGAUGGAGAUGUUUCCUGUAGCGCAGCAGCUCUACCGCCAUGGAAAGGCCUACCGCUUUAUUUUUGGCUUCUCUGCAGUGACCGUUAUGUACCUCAUCAUGGUGGUUGCUGUUCAAGUGCAUGCCUGGCAGUUAUACUACAUGAAAAAGCUGUUAGACUCAUGGUUUGACACCACUCAGGAGAAGAAGAAGAAAUAAUGGAGUGAAGAAGGGUGUUACUGGGCAAAACUGUGUUUUUAUCUUUAUGUAUUUAUAAGAUCUGCCUCUUAUUCAUGUCUAUUUAUUCAGUCACCAUUCUGAUGUAACAUUAUACCUUAGAGACCAGUGUUUUCUGUCACAGAUGUACAAUAGCCUGGAUUUUCUGUCAUUAUUUAUUUAAAGCGGAUGAUAAGGGUUGAGCACAACACAUCCGGAGUGGAAUUAAAGCAACAUCCAUGCAUAAACACAUUUCAAUGAUCUUGUUCCUUCUUCAUCAGAGUCUAGACUGCAUAUUUUCUACAAACAGAGAACUGCGUAAUUUAUAACAAAUACUGUCUCCGUAAUAUAAGUCUACCUCUCACAAUGUGUUUUUUAUCAGAAUGCAUGUAAGCAAUUAAAAAGAAAAGUGAUGAAAAUA